AGUCACAGCUAACUGUAAGAUAAAAUAACUUCAUAUCUGUUCUUAGUUUUACUGGCUUCCUGAAGCCAAAAGAGAAAGAACCUUUGAGUUUUCACGGUGUGGCGAUCAAGAAGUAUUGAAGACAAUUUUCUGGCCCAGCUGUAAAAAAGACGCUUUACCAUCAUGGAUGUCCAGAGGACAGGAUCAGUGGUUCGUCCCCCAAGCCCCAUGGAGAGCCUUGAGAAGCAGCUGAGCUGCCCCAUCUGCCUUGACAUGUUCACCAAACCAGUGGUCAUCCUACCUUGUCAGCACAACUUGUGUCGUGGAUGUGCCAGUGACCUCUACGACUCACGCAACCCUUACCGCUUUUCUGGUGGUGUCUUUCGCUGUCCCACCUGCCGCUUUGAGGUUGUGCUUGACCGCCAUGGUGUGCAUGGGCUCCAGCGCAACCUGUUAGUGGAAAAUAUCAUCGACAUCUAUAAGCAGCAGCAAGAAGGUAGUGGCAGUGGGGGGACCACAGAAACUGCUCUGAAACCCAAGGAAUCCAAGGAGCCCAUGUGCUCGGAACAUGAGGAGGAGAAAAUCAACAUCUAUUGUAUGACCUGCCAGACGCCCACCUGCUCUAUGUGCAAGGUUUUUGGCCAGCACAAGGACUGUGAGGUGUCACCUCUACCUAGUGUGUACCAAGCCCAGAAGGGUGAACUGAGCAAUGCUAUUGAUACCCUCGUUGCCAGCAAUGGCCGUCUGCAAGCCCUGCUCAACCAGAUGGAAGAUACAUGCCGUGCAGUACAAGAGAACGCUCAGCGUGCAAAGCAAAGGCUAGCCGAACGCUUUGACCUCCUCUAUGCUGUGCUGGAAGAACGUAAGACACUCCUCCUAGAGCAAAUUGGGAAAGAGCAGGACGAAAAGGUGGCGGUUCUGAGGGCUCUGGCUCAACGUUAUGGUGAACGACUGCAGACGAGUACUGAACUGACAGACACAGCUGUGAGGGCAUUGGAGCAGAGUGGUACUGCUUCAUUCCUGCUGACCUCCAAAGGUCUUAUAACACAGACCAAAGAUGCUGCCAAAGGCUCAUUGGGAGAAGAAAGGCCCGAACCAGGUUUUGAGAAGAUGGACCACUUCACUUUGUCAACAGAGCAUGUUGAAGCAGUCCUUGCAAAAAUGGACUUUGGACUUGGUGGUGAUGAUGAUGAGUUUCAGGAUGCAGAAGAAGAGGAAGAGUAAAGAGACUUGAAAUAGAUAUGGACUGAAAGAAAUAUAUCAUGUACUCCGGCAGGUUCUUUAACCUCAGUGUUUAUGGCAGGGACUUGAGUUGCAAUUUAAGAUUCAGAAGAAAACCAAGUGAAGUAUAAAGAGGCUCAGACUAGAAGGAUUUACCCUCAUUUUGAGUGCAAUAUUUAAUUUCACUUUUGUACUCAUUUUGUUAAAUUUUUUUUAUACUUUUGUACUUUUUACCAGUUUAAUGCUGGUUUUAAUAAAAUAUAGAACUAGAUAAAUGUAAAUAGGAUGCCUGCCAAAGGGGUUUACACUCAGCUUUUUCUUCACAUGUGUUUUCUGAGAAUAGUUAUGUUUUGUUAAUCUCAUAUCUAAGAAGUCUAUGAUUGUAAUAUGUUAAAUGCUUGAAAUAAUUGUGUGUUCUUGGACUGGUGGUCAGCAAAGCUGUUUUAGAAAACUAUCUUGACAUCUCUCUUCAAUAGAGACUUAAAUAAAGGUGGCUAAAAAUGACCUCGAUAUGUGUCCUUGUCAUUGAAAGGACUAUGUUGUGAAAAAUUAGAAUAAAUUAAUUUCAAAUUAAAGCAGCCUUUAGAAGAAAAAAACAUUCACUUAAACCUGAAAUUAACUGUCAGUCACAUUUUUUUUAAAUGUUAUGUUGAUCUUGUGUGUGACCCGUAGACCCAUUCUUCAGAAGUUGCCUUGUGUGUUGUCGCUCUUACUUGACAAGAGACAAUAUUUAAAAAUAAAAGCCCU